AUGGCUCCAAUUAAAAACUAGAACAGUAAUUAAGACAUUGAAAUGCAGGGUGAUAAAAUCAAUCAGGUCCACCCUAUUUGCAUGGAUAUUCAGCUUAAAAACAGUAAUUCUGACCCCCUAAUCAAUACAAAUUAGGUUCUAACCAUAACUUAAAAUAACUCUAAAUAAACUCCAGAAUAAGUUAAUUCUAACCAAUACAAUCCUGUAUCUUUUUAAAAUGAUUAAGAAUCAAGAUCGAACCAAAACAUCGAAGGUAACAGCUCUUAAGUUUGCCCUUCAGAUAAUGGCACCUAGAUACCAAAAGCUAUAAAAGGUACUAACCCUUCAUGGAGAAGUUGGAUAGCUGCUGCUAAUACUAUGAUGGGUUCUUCUAUUGUUGUAUUUCCUGCCAUUUUUAAAGAAAAUGGAAUUAUUACUUCGUUUAUUUGUAUGUUUGUUGUAGGUGCCUUUUUAUAUAAAACCUGCAUCUGGUGUGUAAAAUAUUGCCAGCCACAUGAAAGAGAUCUUUACGAUACUAUAGAAAGACUUCUCGGUAAAACUUGGAAGGGAGUUUACACUGUUGCUAAUUCUAUAUUAUUAUUCUUGGUUUCCAUAAUAUAUUUUUUGCUAUUCAAUUCAUUCUUUUUCCCUCUUGUAAAAUAUUUCCUUGAAGGUGCUUUUAAUGUAGAUGUAGCCUAGAGAGAUGAAGCCACCUUUAGUAAAUUCUCAUAUGAAUGGUGUGGCAUUGCAACAAUUAGCUUCUUUUUCCUUGUUCUUGCUAAGAGAGAUCUCUCAUUCAUCAUGAAGAUUACUUAAUAUGGCCUUCUUUCAGUAGGUGUUAUUGUCUUAUUUGCUAUUGUCAAAUUUGGAUCCAACAUUACUAACGGAAUCGAUUUGUAAGAUACUCCUUUAUUUACUCCUAAAAUAUACAACCUAAUAGGCAUUUUCAUUCUUAGUUUCUAAAUUCAUUGCUUGAUUAUUCCUAUUCUGAGAGACAAUAAAGACUAAACAAAAAAUGAAAGAGAUACAUUUGUGUGCUAUGUGAUCACAUUUGUUACUUACAUACUUAUAUCCCUCUUCGGUGUUCUAGCUAUUUCUGGAAAAUCCCCUAUAAAUGGAAAUCCAGGUGAUACAAUCCUUGAAUACUUUUCAGAUACUGAUGUCUUUAACAUAAUCGUAAGAUUUGGUCUUUGUAUCUAUAUUAUUGGCGUCUAUCCUAUUAUUGUAUUUGGUUCAAGAAGUAACUUUUUUAGUACUUUCUUGAGCAAAGGAAAGUAACCAACAAGAUUUUCUUUCCUCCUUUCUAAUGUGGUAUUUUGUGGUUGCGCUUUAAUUGCUAUUUUAACCAGACUCAACUUGGGAGUAAUUAUGUCCUUUGCGGGAUAUGUUGUAAGCUUCUUUAUUGUAAUCCUUUUGCCUAUCUUAAUAAGAAUAAAGAGUGGUCAGCUAGAAAAGCAAUCUCAAAAGGAUAAUUAAACUAAAAAUCAUAUUUUUACUUCAACAGAAUUGUAAACAAUUCCUCAAAUUACAACAAAUUAAAUAGCUACCUUAAAUGAAAUUUCUCCUAAAAAUGAUAAAAAUCAAGAAUAAACAUCUAAUAAUUUAAAUAACAACUAAUAAGAUUUGUAACAAAAUGAACUAAAAUGUUGA